AUGGCGACGGUCAUGGAACCUUUCGACGCACAGAUGAUGGACUACCACAACGACGGUGACAUCCAAAUGCAUGCAUCUCACGAGAUUUGGCUCCAGGAAGAAGCACCCAUGGAAGACGAUGGUCAUCAGUUACACGGUGAAACACACAGCAGUUCUACCGAAUUCGAGGACGUCGAGAUAGACAUGGAAGAAAACCAAACCGAAACUGCACAGAAUCCUGAGUAUGAAAUGGUUGAUGAAGAUGGUGGACUUGAUUAUCCUGUCGGUGAUGUUGAGGAAGACGACAUCAUUGUGCAUGAUGUAUCCCAUCCCACUGCUGGCAUUAUGUCAGACUUUUAUGCGUCCGCAGAUCCUACAACGUCUUCUUUUCCCUCUCAAGAACAAGUUUUACGCCAACAAGAAACCCACCUUACGUCCAACGACUCGAUUAAUGCCGGUGGUAAUAGUAUCGAGCUUGGGGACAAUUACGAUAACUCUCCCACCAUUCAGCCAGAAACCUUGACUCAUGCAUUACCGCCUUCCGAGUCUUUUGAAGCCCCUACGGUCGAAGAAGCCGGAGGAUCUUUGUCCGCGAAUAAAUCUGCCGCUGUAUCAACCACAGACCUUUCCGAAGUACAGGUCCAAGCAGAACUUGCCGGCAAUAUUAUUCAGCCUGAGCAAAGUGCGGAAGGUGAUAAUGACCUGUCUAGUACGAGUCGAUUCGAGCCACCUGCUGUCGAAUCAUUUCAGGUUCACGCGGAAUCCGCACCGGACCACGACGAUGAAUUCUCUGGCGCGGGAAGUCAUACGCAUGAAGCCCCUUUAAGUGAAGAGGCAACUGUGGACGAUUAUCCUCAGGAGGAACCUGAAGACCCGGAGGGAACGGGCGCAACUCUGACUCAGCAUGAUCAUAAUCCUGAAACCGAGUCUUUGCAAGUCGAUGAUGCGGUUAAUCAUAACGAGCCCAUCGCUCAAAUGACUAACAAAGGCUCCCUGGAAUUAUCAGAAGGAGCAGCACUUGACCCUCCCCCUGGAGUCCUUCUGUUCUUUGCCCACGUAGAUCAUCCAGAGGUGUGCCUAUUCAGCCAACCUAAUCAUCCCGAAAGUUCAAGUGCUGCUGGGCACUCUUACAAGCUGAUUUUGGAAAACAACCCUUCCCUCUACUAUGAACCUUUGUCUGCACUUUUCGAUGCCCUACGUCAGAAUGAAUCCAUGGAUGGCUUGUUCGAUCUUUCACUCUCGGAACUUAUGAUUGACGCAUUCGACCUCCAACUUGUGAUAUCUGAGGACAAUAUCUUUUCCCGCGAUACGAGCCUGUAUGAUCUUCAUCAACUGCAUGAGGGUUCUAGCCUUCCGGGACCUCUUCGACUUCGACUUCAGACUGCCUCUCCACGGUUCAUCGUACGAUAUCGUCAAUUACAGGAUCAAAUAUACCGUCUCGACCUCGCGGCGGAUGAUCACGAAGAACCAACAGAACAAGUCGAAGGCCAUGGCGCUGUCGAGGAACAAACCGCAACUACCCACCCUGAGACGGAAGGUAUAGAAGAAACUUAUACAGAAGAGCUGACACGCGUAGAAAAUUCCGGUGAAGAAUUGGAGCAUGGAUACGAUGCAAACUUUGAACAACAGGAACAAGAUGAUGAAAACGAAAACGAAAACGAAACCUCUCAUGAGGCGAGUUCUGAUACUGUGGCCGCCGAGGAACCUCUAGAAGAUGAUGCGGAAACCGAAGCAAGAGAGAAAGAAGAUGAUUCGGCUGCACAAGGUCACGAAGAGAUUGAUGAGCGGAAUUCAGACACUGUCGCCACAAAUUCCUUGGAAGUAGGGACUACCACGGCUGUUAGCAGCAUCUUGUCUGCGAAUGAAGAAGAAGCAUACGACGAAACAACGCACAAUGGCCAAGACUAUGCUGACAAUGCUGAAGCUGAGAAUACAAGCCAACUCAACGCCGAACAUCCAGAGCCUCUUCCUGAGGGGUUAGAUCUGGACGGAGAAACACACUUGACCCACGCAAUCAAUGGCCAUGCCGCCGAAGUUGAAGAAAUCAACUCAGACGAAAUUCAUGCUGAACGUGGGAAUGACGAGGAAUCCUAUGCCGGAAAUACUGAUGACUGGGAUGAUACAUUUGAAGAUGACGGAGGCCUUGACACAACCUUCGAAGAAGGAGCAGAGGAGGAAUUAGUCGUCGGAGAGAGCACCAGCACCCUCGCAAGCAAAAGUUCGAAAAGGUCGAUUGACGAGGUUGAGGCUGAGGGUAUCGAUGAUGUAUCUCUGCCCCUGGAUAGCCCUGGGUCAAAACGGCCGCGUGUGGAUUAA